AUGGACCAUAGGAUGCGCGUCACUGCGGCGCUCAUAGGUUUUAUGAUCAUUUCGUCUAAUUACGCAUUUAUUCCUGGUACAGAUGGACCAGUCUUAGCUCAAGAGGCAUUGGAAGGUGGAAACAUAACACUGUUUUGUGAUUCGACAACAGACACUCCUAAUGACGAAUUGAUGCUUUUGGUCUGGUAUAAAGAUAAUCUGCCUGUAUAUAGUUAUGACGCAAGAAUAUCCAGUGAAUGGUCUAGCAGUAGCUUCAACGCCAGCCACAGAUUAAGAACGGAUCUUACCAAACAGCCGACAUCUUUAACAAUCACUAAACUUAGAGGAGAUGACCAAGCCCUUUAUCAUUGUAGAGUUGACUUCCUAUUGGCACCCACAAGGAACAUUGGAGUCAAUGUAACUAUUAUAGUUCUUCCCAGCCAACCAUUCUUUCUAGACGAAGUUGGGAACAAGGUGGAAGGGAAGAUAGGACCAUAUCAUGAAGGAGACACUUUGGUGCUAAGCUGUCUCGUUAUUGGAGGUAGACCUCCGCCUAGGAUAAGUUGGUAUGCUGGAAACGAUCUUGUUGACGCAUCAGAUGGUAUCAGUGAUAUACCUAAUGUACGGGAAAAUGAGCUUUAUCUUCCUUUGACUCGAGACAACGCUAACUCCCUUUCCUGCAGAGCAUCGAACACACAACUAAGACCGCCUGUUGUGACAACACUAAAUGUCGAGUUGUAUUUGCCAGCGUAUAACGUUUCUAUCAACUGGGUGUCUGGAACAGUGAGAGAAGCUCUUCGGGCUGGUCAGCAAGCAACAGUUCGUUGUGUUGCUCAUGGCUCUUACCCCCCACCUGAACUAUCCUGGUGGCUUGAUCAUCGUCACCUCACGCAGCAUAGCAACCAGAGUUGGAGCAAUGCAACUCGUAAAGCUGAAUCGUUUUUGGAGUUGACGCCGGCAGUAAGCGACAAUGGCGGUACACUGGCGUGUGUGGCGACAAACACCGCAUUGGCACCCGGCAGAGAUUCCAAAGCGGAUAUCGUUAUAUUAUAUGUUACCUAUAGUCCGAUAGUAGAAAUAACGAAAUUAGGAGAUGGAAGACUGAAUGAAGUUUCAGAGUUGGACAGCCUUCAGUUAGAGUGUGAAGUGAAAGCCAACCCACCCGUUGAAAACUUUACCUGGUAUUUUAAUGACAUAGAGAUAAGACCGAAUAGUUUAUGGGGCAGUGACGUAUUUUCUCCGACGCUGUCAGUCGAGGAAGUGACACGGAGACACGCUGGUCGAUACUCCUGUUCAGCUCGAAACAGUGUUGGAGAAACGAGAGCAGAAAGCAUUAGUAUAAGUGUAUUAUAUCCCCCUGAAUGUAUAGAGCGAGGCAUAAUUCUAGUUAAGGAAACUUUAAAAUGCGUCGUCAAAGCUUUACCACCACCAGACACAUUCUUCUGGCAUAUCCAGCCUUUAGAUGAAGAUGUCCAGCAUUUAACAACCGGAUCUCCAAUAUUACCCCUCACGCAAAUUACUGGAACCUUAUCUAGGAGCUUAGAUGUUAGCUGUGAGGCUGGAAACGGUAUAGCCUCCCAAGAAAAACCAUGCAAAAGAGUUUUUACCUUUGACCUGUUAAGGCCAUCUCAACCGCAACAAUGUGACCUAGCUUAUGAAUAUGAGGAAUUUCAAAUGAGAUGUAUUCCAGUUGAAAAUGCGACGUACUACGAAGUUUCGGUAUGGCGUAUGUCCACAUCAAAUGCUUCCUUGGUGUUGGAAAGACGAGGUUCUAUGGGAUAUGGCACGAGCCAGGCUCUUGCUCAGGGUGAAGGCUUGCCAUGGCUGGUGAGAGGUCCUCUAGGGAACCUCAGGGUAGGCGAUGAAGCUGGCGCUUCAGCUUGUAACAGAUAUGGAUGCUCAUCAGCUCUACUGCUGCGACCUACUGAUAAUUUACUACACGCUGCUGAAGCACCUUGGUGGAAAUUUCUUCUAGAAAGGGAUGUUGGUAUAUCUAUCGGCGUGGUCGUGUUGGUUGCUGUGUUCAUACUAUCUUCAGCACUCGUGUAUCGUUUGGCACGAAGAUCUCGAACAAAGCCUCCUGUUAUUCAAGUUCUCCAACUAGACGAUGUGGCGAGGGAUUACUUAGAUACUAUUGGAGAACAUAAAGUGCGAGCCUCGUGCAGUCUGAGGUCAUGCAGCAGUGGUUACUCCGACGGUUCAGCUGAGACAGCGCCAGCUAUCGACAGACAACGCAAACCUCGUUUCUGGAGUUGGGAAACCCCCCCGCCUGACGUCACAUUAACUCUUCAUAGAGAAAGUGCCGUGUAA